GGCUAUAUGAAUAAAUAGUUUUACAGAGCGGUAUUGGUAAAGAAGCACAAACGGUGGUAGCCGAAGCUUUGUGGUACUUUCUCCCAGCGCACAGAGCUCGAACAGUUCAAAUUUAUUGAGAUUUGAGGAAUAAGAAGAACAAGAUUCCGAAGAAUCAUACGAGUUUGUAGUUCGAGAGAACCCUAGGGGAAGAGGAAGUAGAUCAGUGUGAAAGAGAAAAAUAGUUGCAGAUGGCCAAUAUUGAUAUUGAGGGGAUUCUUAAGGAACUUCCAAAUGAUGGGCGUAUACCCAAAACGAAAAUUGUUUGUACUCUGGGACCUGCUUCCCGAUCGGUGGCUAUGAUUGAGAAGCUUCUCAAGGCUGGCAUGAAUGUUGCUCGUUUCAAUUUCUCUCAUGGUACUCAUGAGUAUCAUCAAGAGACCUUGGACAACCUCAGGACCGCCAUGCAGAAUACUCAAAUCCUUUGUGCUGUCAUGCUUGAUACCAAGGGACCGGAGAUUCGGACUGGUUUCUUGAAGGAUGGGAAACCAGUUCAACUGAAGGAAGGAGAGGAAGUCACCAUAACUACGGAUUAUAGCAUCAAGGGGGAUGAGAAAAUGAUCUCAAUGAGUUACCAGAAGCUGGCUGUGGACUUGAAACCAGGAAAUAAUAUAUUGUGCUCAGAUGGCACCAUCACCCUCACAGUCUUGUCUUGUGAUACAGAAGCUGGGAAGGUGGUAUGCCGUUGUGAAAACACUGCGAUGUUGGGAGAAAGAAAGAAUGUGAAUCUUCCUGGUGUGGUUGUGGACCUUCCCACCCUAACAAAAAAGGAUGAAGAGGAUAUUCUUGGUUGGGGUGUUCCCAACAGUAUUGAUAUGAUUGCUCUCUCAUUUGUUCGCAAGGGUUCUGAUCUAGUGAAUGUCCGGAGGGUUCUGGGCCCCCAUGCCAAGCAUAUAAAACUGAUGUCAAAGGUUGAGAACCAGGAGGGAGUUAUCAAUUUUGAUGAAAUUUUGCGUGAGACUGAUGCAUUCAUGGUUGCUCGAGGUGAUCUUGGAAUGGAAAUUCCAGUCGAGAAGAUCUUCUUGGCACAAAAAAUGAUGAUUUACAAGUGUAAUCUUGCUGGGAAACCUGUGGUUACAGCCACUCAGAUGCUUGAAUCAAUGAUCAAAUCUCCACGGCCAACCCGUGCAGAAGCCACAGAUGUCGCUAAUGCUGUUCUUGAUGGCACAGAUUGUGUUAUGCUUAGUGGUGAGAGUGCAGCUGGGGCUUAUCCUGAAAUUGCUGUGAAAACCAUGGCACGUAUUUGCAUCGAAGCUGAGUCAUCCUUGGACUAUGGGGUCAUUUUCAAGGAGAUGAUAAGGUCCACUCCACUUCCAAUGAGCCCAUUGGAAAGUCUUGCAUCCUCAGCUGUUCGAACUGCUAACAAGGCAAAAGCAAAACUCAUCGUCGUGUUGACUCGUGGUGGAACCACAGCCAAGUUGGUUGCUAAGUACAGACCAGCUGUCCCAAUCCUCUCAGUCGUCGUUCCAGUUUUAACUACCGAUUCUUUCGAUUGGGCCUGCAGUGACGAAUCCCCAGCCAGACACAGCCUGAUCCACAGAGGUUUGAUUCCUAUACUGGCUGAAGGAUCUGCAAAGGCCACUGAUGCAGAAUCCACUGAAGUGAUACUAGAGGCUGCUCUGAAAUCAGCCAUAGGUAAGGGACUGUGCAAACCAGGUGACGCCAUUGUCGCACUUCACCGUAUCGGAGCUGCCUCGGUCAUCAAGAUAUGCAUUGUGAAAUGAAUCAAAUAGACGACCGAAUUCAGCAGCAUCGGGCCCCGUGUUCAAGAAGUUGCCCAGGUGUCUUCCUUUACCUUUAUUUAUCCUUGCAUUCAGAUCUCAACCUAUCAUUUUGCUAAUUAUUAUAAGCAUAGUUAUUAAGUAUUUCUCCUAAACAGGGCUGAGCCGGUACUUUGUUUUUCCUGUUGUGUAAGGGGGUGGGUUAUACACACCCCUUGAUUUUCUUGGACUGCUGUCUGUGUAAUUUUGAAGAGCUAAGAGUUUAUGCUAUUAUUAUUAAAUCCAAUCUUCUCAUGUUAGGACGAAUAAAGGAUUGAAUGGACUUUCAUAGCUCUUUUGUUCUUGAAAUUCCCAAAUUUUUGUGUGUUUAGAACUAUAAAUCAUUUGUACUA